GCCUGUCGGUGGGGGGCGGGCCAAGAUGGCGGCGGCCAGCUGGUAGCUCGCGUGUUCCGGGCAGGGGAGGCGGCGGUUUGCGGGGCCGGGGGACCGGGACUGGCUUGGUGCUGCCAUGUCGGGCCGUCAGGGAAACAAGCUGCCCAGCAACCUGCCCCAGCUGCAAAACCUCAUCAAGAGAGACCCAACCUCCUACACCGAAGAGUUCCUCCAGCAGUACCACCACUACCAGUCCCAUGUGGAGAUCUUCACCUUCCAGCCGGACAAGCCCAGUAAGGAGCUGGCCGAGCUGGUGAUGUUCCUGGCACAGGUUGCCCACUGCUACCCGGAGCACGUGGCCAGCUUCCCUCAGCAGCUGAAGGAGCUGCUCUCCUACCACCACACCGUGCUGGACGCAGACCUGCGCAUGACCUUCUGUAAGGCUUUGAUCUUGUUAAGAAACAAGAAUCUAAUAAGUCCAACCAGUUUGCUGGAGCUCUUCUUUCAACUGCUGCGGUGUCACGAUAAGCUUCUGCGAAAAACUUUGUAUACUCACAUUGUGUCGGACAUCAAGAAUGUCAAUGCUAAACACAAAAACAAUAAAGUAAACACAACACUGCAGAACUUCAUGUAUACUAUGUUGAGAGACAGCAAUCCCACUGCUGCCAAGAUAUCUCUAGACGUGAUGAUUGAACUUUACAGAAGGAAUAUUUGGAAUGAUGCCAAAACAGUAAACGUCAUCACAACUGCCUGCUUUUCAAAAGUGACAAAGGUACUGGUUGCUAGUUUGAAGUUCUUUCUUGGAAGAGAUGAAGAUGAGAAACAAGACAGUGACUCGGAAUCUGAGGACGAUGUUCCCACAGCCAGAGAUCUGAUGAUGCGGUAUGCAACUAACAAGAAAACCACCAAGCGCAAGAAGAAACUGGAAAAAGCAAUGAAGGUUCUCAAGAAACAGAAGAAGAAGAGCAAGCCAGAGGUGUUCAACUUCUCUGCUAUUCACUUGGUUCAUGAUCCCCAAGACUUUGCAGAGAAACUGCUGAAGCAGCUGGAAAACUGUAAGGAACGAUUUGAAGUGAAGAUGAUGCUCAUGGACCUAAUAUCUAGGCUAGUUGGAAUACAUGAGCUUUUUCUUUUUAAUUUCUACCCCUUUGUUCAGAGAUUCCUACAGCCCCAUCAGAGAGAAGUGACAAAGAUUCUUCUGUUUGCUGCACAGGCUUCGCAUCAGCUAGUACCACCCGAGAUUAUCCAGUCAGUGUUAAUGACGAUUGCCAACAACUUUGUCACUGACAAGAAUUCUGGGGAGGUCAUGACCGUGGGAAUCAAUGCAAUAAAAGAAAUCACUGCAAGAUGUCCAUUAGCCAUGACUGAAGAUCUGCUCCAAGACCUUGUUCAGUACAAGACUCAUAAAAACAAAAAUGUGAUGAUGUCUGCAAGGACUCUGAUACACCUUUUCCGUUCUCUGAAUCCAGAGAUGCUGCAGAAGAAAUUCAGGGGUAAGCCUACUGAAGCCUCGGUGGAAGCCAGGAUUCAUGAAUAUGGAGAACUGGAUGCCAAAGAUUAUAUUCCAGGAGCAGAAGUAUUGGAUGUUGAGAGUGAAAAAGGAAAGGGAGGAACCCAAGAGGAAGAUGGAUGGGAAAGUGCUAGUCUGAGUGAGGAAGAAGAUAAUGAAGAUGGAGAAUGGAUUGAUGUGCAUCACUCCUCCGAUGAGGAGCAGCAAGAAGUAGCAGAGAAGGUGAAAAACAUGCCCAUAGAGGAACGAAAAGCCAAAGCUGCAGCAGUCAGUACAAGCAGGCUGCUCACUCAAGAAGACUUCCAGAAAAUACGUCUUGCCCAGCUUUCCAAAGAACUUAAUUCUGCACCUGGCAAAGCUGCAAAGAGGAAAAAUAUUGAAAUAGAUGAUGAAGAGGAGUGCAGGGGAGAGUUGCUUUCACUCAGAGAUAUUGAACAUCUGCAUAAGAAGCCUAAAUCGGACAAGGAGACCAGACUGGCAACUGCAAUGGCUGGAAAAACAGACAGAAGAGAAUUUGUGAAAAAGAAAACAAGAAUUAACCCAUUUGCCAGCUCUUCCAACAAAGAAAAGAAAAAGCACAAGAACUUCAUGAUGAUGAGAUACAGCCAUAGUGUCCGGACGAAAAAUAAGCGUUCUUUCAGGGAAAAACAGCUGGCUCUUCGGGAUGCACUUCUGAAAAAGAGAAGACGGCUGUUGAAAUAACAGGAACAGAAAGGAGUACUUAAUCACCCUUGAAGAAGUAGCCUUAGAAAUGCGUAUUUCCACCCACCACCACCCCAAAAGAAAAAAGGGACUGAAAUGCCUUAUGGAUUUCUCGAUUCUUCAGAAUUAUAAACUGAACACUUUGAAGCUGUUGGAUAUUGUAUGUAUAGGACAAAUGGAAGAGGCCUUAGUCCUUGCAGGAUUAUUUUUUUUAAAGCAUUCUAGGGAAGAAGGCAAUUAUCUUUUAUUAAAUAUAAUUUACUUACACCUGA